UUAAAAACCAGAUACAAUAAGGAUUUUAGGCAGGUUUCGUGCCCUCUUCACGUCGCUUCUUUCACGCCACUGAAAGACCCGGCGAAAAUGGCUGCUUCCACUGCUCUUUCGCUUUGUCCGUACAUACUCUCUCGUCGGCCUGGCUCAAAAAAUCGUUAUUUUUCUUGCUUCGUCGGCUCUACUACUCCUAUAGGUACAAGAAGAACUGAAGUACCUCGCAAAUAUUCUGGAAGAUUGGAGGGGGCUAAAACAAGUAUGGAAGACUCUGUCCACCGCAAGAUGGAGCAGUUCUAUGAAGGGAAUGCUGGGCCCCCUCUUCGGGUCCUUCCAAUUGGUGGUUUGGGUGAAAUCGGGAUGAAUUGCAUGCUUGUCGGGAAUUAUGAUCGCUAUAUUCUAGUUGAUGCGGGUGUGAUGUUUCCAGACUAUGAUGAGCCUGGAGUCCAAAAGAUUAUACCUGAUACAACAUUUAUUAAGAAAUGGAGGCACAAAAUUGAAGCAGUAGUGAUAACACAUGGUCAUGAAGAUCACAUUGGUGCGUUGCCUUGGGUUAUCCCCGCAUUGGAUCCCCGCACUCCAAUAUUUGCAUCAUCUUUUACAAUGGAGCUGAUCAAAAAUCGUUUGAAGGAGAAUGGGAUUUUUGUUCCAUCUAGGCUUAAGGUGUUUAAAGUCAGGAAGAGAUUUAUGGCUGGGCCAUUUGAAAUAGAGCCUCUUAGGGUGACGCAUUCUAUUCCCGACUGUUGUGGAUUAGUUCUUCGCUGUGCUGAUGGUACAAUUCUUCACACUGGAGACUGGAAGAUUGAUGAAUCAGCAUUGUACGGGGAUAUUUUCGAUCGGCAGUUUUUAGAGGAACUGUCUAAGGAAGGAGUAACACUUAUGAUGAGUGACUCUACUAAUGUUUUGUCACCUGGAAGGACAAUUAGUGAGCGUGUAGUAGCAGAUGCAUUGUUGAGGCAUAUUUCAAAUGCUAAAGGAAGGAUUAUUACUACCCAGUUUGCUUCAAAUAUACAUCGGCUUGGAAGUGUAAAAGCUGCUGCAGAUUUAACUGGUAGAAAGCUGGUAUUUGUUGACAUGUCAUUGAGGACUUAUCUAGAUGCAGCUUGGAAGGAUGGAAAAGCACCAAUUGAUCCAUCAACGCUGGUGAAAGCAGAAGAUAUUGAUGCCUAUGCUCCAAAGGAUUUGAUAAUCGUCACAACUGGAUCCCAAGCAGAACCACGGGCAGCCUUGAAUCUUGCAUCCUAUGGAAGCAGUCAUGCCUUCAAACUGAACAAGGAAGAUGUGGUUCUCUAUUCAGCUAAGGUAAUCCCUGGAAAUGAAUCUCGGGUAAUGAAGAUGCUAAACCGCAUAUCAGAUAUUGGAUCAACUAUAGUGAUGGGUAAGAAUGAAGGGCUACACACUUCUGGUCAUGGCUAUCGUGGAGAACUGGAGGAAGUGCUUAAGAUUGUGAAGCCGCAACAUUUUUUACCUGUACAUGGAGAGUUCGUGUUCCUGAAGGAGCAUGAGCUACUUGGGAAAUCAACUGGCAUUCGGCACACCACUGUUAUAAAGAAUGGUGAGAUGCUUGGGGUUUCUCAUUUAAGGAAUAGAAGAGUUCUGUCUAAUGGUUUUUGUUCCCUUGGGAAGGGGAAUCUGCAGUUAAUGUACAGUGAUGGUGAUAAAGCAUUUGGCACGUCAACCGAACUUUGUAUUGAUGAGAGACUAAGAAUUGCCUCUGAUGGCAUUAUAGUGGUCAGUAUGGAAAUUUUACGCCCCCAGAAGAUAGAUGGCAUAACUGGAAAUGGCUUAAAAGGAAAGAUACGAAUCACUACACGCUGCUUAUGGCUAGACAAGGGGAAGCUUUUAGAUGCACUCCAUAAAGCUGCUCAUGCUGCACUGUCGAGCUGUCCUGUAAAUUGUCCUCUAGCUCACAUGGAACGAACUAUUUCUGAGGUAUUGAGGAAGAUGGUAAGGAAGCAUAGCGGUAAGAGGCCAGAAGUCAUUGCCAUUGCAUCGGAGAACCCUGCAGGAGUUCUCUCUGAUGAGCUAAAUGAAACGCUGUCUGGCAACUCCGAUGUAGGAUUCAAGAUACCGACAUCGAGAAAAGUGAUAGAUGGACAUCCUAAAAGGAGACAACCAAACAACAUAAGAGCAGAAGAAGAUGAGGGUAAUUCGCAUUUAGAGAAUACUUCAGAACAAAAUUCUAUAGUUGGUGUCAGUGGUGAUGAUGAAGUUGAAACGUUCUUACCCGAGGAAGUGACCUCUACUUCAAGUCCUGACCAUGCAGACAGUAGCGAGUAUUCUGAUGAAUUUUGGAAAUCAUUCAUCAUAUCAUCACCUGCUGACAAAUUGGAAAAUGGUAACAAUGGGUUUGUCCCAAGCAGUGGAGAUGACAUGGAAAUGCCCAACUCUCAACCAAAGUCGUUGAAGCCUGCGAAACGGAACAAAUGGAAACCCGAGGAGCUUGAGAAGCUAAUUGAAAUGAGGGGUGAAUUACAUAACAGAUUUCAAGUUGUGAAAGGGAGAAUGGCCUUUUGGGAAGAAAUAUCUUCGAACUUGUUGGCUGAUGGAAUUAGUCGAAGCCCUAUGCAGUGUAAAUCCACAUGGGCAUCUCUGGUUCAGAAAUACAAGGAAAUCAAGAGAGAAGAAAAGCCCCGAGGGUUGGCCCUACUUCGAGGAAAUGGAUAGAAUUUUAUCCGAUGAAUUCAAGGCAAUGCAACAGCCACAAAAUGAUUAAGAUCAUUGGAGGAGCUAAACAUGGACUUGUACAAUUACAGCUUAUGCAGAUGACAAGCUUCAUAUGUCAUGGUGGGAUUCCAUUGAUUUUCAAAGGAGACAUGGGUUUGGUUUUGAAGCCAUAACAUGUUCUUGUGUUGAUGAUAGGUGGCAAAAUGGGGUUCAUAUGCCACUAAUGGCGAAA